AUGCCAGUGAAACUGAGUCCUGCUAAAUAUGAAUAUCUUGCAACGGUCCCGUGUAUGUUUCGAAGUACCGCCAACGAUGGCAACAGCUCGUCUUAUAUUGGACUUCUCAUUCGACCAUCCAGCUCGGGAACUGCUCAACAAGGAGCUGGCCAAACGGUAAGUGCGGCAGUGGUUGGCAGCACAAAUAUGAUAAGUGGUUCGAAUGCGAAAAUACCAUCACUUCAUGUAGUACCAUCGUCUUUAAAAGCACAACCAAUAACCUCAGCAACAUCAACAACAACCUUGAAUCCAACUCCAAAUCAAACAGCAGCAACACACAAAGUGGUCGUUCCUGCUGGUGUGCAGUUGAGACUGCAACCUGCGGCUGUAUGUGCAACAACACCGCAGUGUAACGAUGGAUGGAUCCAUGCUGCUCCGCGACCUGUUGUCAACACCACGUUUGAUUCUCCUUCACCGUCGCAGGUUGUACCUCAGAUGAAUGUUGGUGACUCGUAUGAAUGUUCGGUGCCGUGCGCCAGUUCCAGUUCAUUUUUUCCUCCCAUAUCUUCCAUAACGCAAAAUCUCUCUUCUGCCAAAUCUGAUAUUGAUUUACUUCAAGAAAUUUCAUCGGUAGAAAUGAAUGUUAUGAGAAAUCAAAAAGUGAGUAAUACAACAGCUAGUGAUUAUGUGCAGAGCACAACACCUCAGCAGUAUCAUACUAAUGCCAUGCAGAACAUUUAUUCUGCACCAACGCAGAUGACGGAAAUGCCAACGAUUGGUCGUAUGCCAUCAUGUAGAUAUCAGAGUGGUUAUAAUGGCGCGAAUGACUGUUCUGCAACACCAGAUAGUGGUAUUCAAAGUAUCGCUGGCUCACCACCGUCAAGUGGUCCAUUCACGCCGCCGUUACCCUCUCCUGCACCUUGUAUAACACUCGCUGCUGUCGAUGUGACCGAGGACACCACGAAUAGAGCGUCGACCAGUGCAGAUGAUUUUUCGGAUAUGCCUCGAUUAAUACCGUUCCAUCAAGUCGAUGAGGAUGCUUGUUCGACAUCAACUGCGAUUAUAAGCGACGAACACGCAUCAUCAGAGAUCAACAAACAACUUUCUCACGAGAUUGAAGCAACAGCAGCAGCCUGCGAACAACACCUUCAGAAACAGUCAACGGCUGUUGAUAGUAACGUGGUAGUGCCAAAAAUUGCAAUAACACCGGCGAUGAAUGUAAAUGAUUUAGUAGAACAAAUCAUGUCGCAAAUGGAUGCUGAACAACGCAAACAGUUUGCAAAUGUUAUCAAAUCGAAAGUGUGUGAAAGUGGACAUGCAAAUGCGACUGAUGCUCACAAAGACUGCAGUAAGAACGAUUUAAAUUUGCGGUCAAACGAAACAGCUUUGAAUGAAUUGCAAAAGCAGAUAAAUAUCAGUGAUAUUUCAUUGAUGUGUGAGAGUAACGUCAUCAAUAGUGAACAUUCUGACAGCAGUAACAAUCAGACUGAUAAGGACCAUCUUCAAUUUCCAGCUGAAUCAUCUGAUCAUAUUAGUGAACAAUCUUCUUUAAUUCCACGGCAACAAAGUGAUAAUAAUAAUAAUAAUAAGGUUAAAUCCAAAAAACAACGUUCUUCACCAAAAAAUGUUAAUGAUAGAACACGGAAACGAAAACGAACCACUCAUCAUUCACGCAAUGAUAUAAUCAAAGAUGAGCCUCGGUUGUUGAAUGAUGGUGAUAAACAAGAGGGGUUAGUGGUGUCCUCUGAGAGAUCGUUUUUGGAUGCUUUUGUAAAUGAGAAAAGAAAUAAUGGUGGACUGCAACAGCAACUGAGAGGUGAUGACGGUGUUCGAGAGCAAAUUUGUGAUGGUAAAGGAGAAAGGAAACUCGAGGAGAAUAUGAAUAAGAAAAUGGUAAAUGAAGAGGAAAGGAGCGAAGAAGUUGAAGUCAGUAAGAAGGAAAAAUUGAGAAGGAAAGAAGGAGAAGAUGUGAAGAAGGAGGAAGAAGAUGCAGAAAAAUUGAAGAGGAAUACAAGGAAGGGAAAAGUGGAACGAGAAGAGGAAUUGAAAAGAGGUGAAAGAAGUCAUGAGAACGAGGAGGUGGAACGAACGAGGGUCAAUGAACAAAUGAGGAAUCGUCUUAAAGAAGAAGAUCCAAACGAACGAUUAAGAACUUAUCGUUGUGGUGUUAAGCGUAAACUCAAUGAGCAACUGAAGUCAGUGAUUGAAAAGGUCGAGAAGCAAUUAAGUAACAUCGAACUGUCGCUUGGUCCACACAUGCAUUGGACUCUGCCUUGGUAUAGGCUCAAUUGGAAAGAUGUGGCGCAGAGACUUGUCGAAAGAGAUCGUCUGGAAAAAUUGGCGAAGGAAAAAAGUGCUGAAUCUAAGAAAGUGGUAUCAAGGAAAAAAAUGAGAAAGGUGACGGUAUCUAAAAUGGACCCGUCUUGUUCGGGCCAACAAUCACUUGACGAGAAAGGUCAUCAUCAUCCAGGUGCGAGGAGCUACAUCAAAAUUAAGCAUAAUGUGAUAGUUGACGCAUAUCCACGUAUCGAGCAACUGCAGUGUUCAUGUCAGAGAGGAGGUUGUGGUGAAUUGGAUGAAUGUUUAAACAGAAUGGUGCAAAUGGAAUGCACGAGCAACUGCAAUCGUGGUGUGAAUUGUUCAAAUAAGCGGAUUUAUAGACGUGAGUGUGUUGAUAAAUUAAGUGUUUUCGAGACGGCAAACGGCCGAGGUUUAGGCGUCAAAACUGGUGUACCAAUUCCAAAGGGACAGUUUGUGUGUGAAUAUGUGGGUGAGGUGGUUUCAAUGGAAACAUUUGAUGCACGUAAUGAGCAGACAUAUCGUAAGUGUAAGAACCAUUACGCACUGAAUUUAUGUCCUGGUUUCGUUAUUGAUGCAUAUCAAAAAGGCAAUUUGGCACGCUUUGUGAACCAUUCAUGCACGCCGAAUUGUGAAAUGCAACGAUGGUCCGUGAAUGGUCAACACCGAAUUGGAUUAUUUGCAUUACGAUCAAUUGCAAAAGAUGAAGAAUUAACAUACGACUAUAAUUGGGAUUCAUUCGAUUUCCAAGGUGUAACACCGUGCUCUUGUGGCGUACCAGAUUGUCGUGGCUUUUUAAACAAGAAUGUUUUGAUGAAUGCAAAAGAAAAAGAAUUGGCACGUAAUUACGGUGUUUUACUUCUUCGUAAUGUACGCAAAUCAGCAAAACGAAAAAUGGAUGCAGCACGUGCAGAAUUCAAGGCUUCUAAAGAUGUGUCAUAUCGAAAAACAUUACGUAGUUUCACAAGCGAUAUGUUGUUGGCGUUCAGCGAUCGUGAAGCGGUAUCGAAAAAGCAACUGAAACAGAUGAAGAAUAGUAUUGAAUCGAUUGUAAAUCAGCCUCCAACCUCAACUACAUCGUCUGUUCUUUCGUUUCAGUCCGCUUUGCAAGCGGUUGAGAUGCGUUUCAUCGAGUCAUUUGAUGCAUAUAAAAAACGAGAAUCCGACAAGAAGAAAGUUCAAGCAUUCAAAUGUAAACUUGGUGAUAUCAGAGAGCGAUAUCGUGAACAGCUGCGAAAGUUUGGUACCUUACCUGAACAUUUUGAUGAACAUUCAAAACACAACAAGCAUUCUAAAAGCACGUCACAUCGCAUUCUUACUGCAAAUACUGAUCUUUCGUAUCUGGACUGUGAGGUUGCUGUUGGUUCAUAUGAUCCGGACAGUUUAACGCAUUUGGGUGUGGCAGAGACAGAUUCCGACUGUGUGCGUUGCAUCUGCGGUAUUACUGACGAUGAUGGCUCUAUGGUGCAGUGUGAUACGUGUCAUUUUUGGUUACAUGAAGAAUGCGUCGUCGUUAAGCCUGCUGCGGACUUUAAAUGUGAUAUAUGUCGUAUGAAAGCAACACGUACGCCAGCAGUGGACAUCGUCUUGAGGUCACAGCCACAAAUCAGAUUCAAGAGGUGUACGUAUUACCGGUCGCUGGUCAAUGUACAUAAUAUUCAAGUUCGUGUCAAUGAAACUGUUUAUCUACAAAAGCUUGCCAACGAUGAUCAUAAGAUGGAAUUGAAACGUUUAAAUGAGACUUGUAAAGGUGGUGAUGAGGCUGCGGUUGCGGCAGCAUCUCAACCACGUACACUGAAGCUAUCCGCCUUGCGUUUCCAACCGAAAGCAUUCGAUCGCAAAGAUGUGCGAUGCUUUCGUGUUGAGCGUUUAUUCGCCUCGCCUGACGGUCAUAAUUUUGUGUUCGGCUUCUAUUACGCCCGUCCACAUGAGGUUUAUUGUGAACCAGGACGUAUGUUCCAUGAAAAAGAGAUGUUUGCGACACCGAUGUUCGACACACUUCCACUGGAUGCAGUUGUGGGUCGUUGUUUGGUGGUUGAACCUCGCAUUUAUGUUCUUGGUCGACCAAGAAUGCCACGUUAUAAUGAUGCGGACGUAUACUUCUGUGAGUAUCAAACCGGGAAGAACUCGAGAUAUUUCGAGAAGAUUCCUUCGCGGAAUCAUUACUACAUCAAUAUUGAGCCGCAUAAUUUCAUCCGAUUUGCCGUCCAACCUUCUCUUGUCCGCACAUUUACGCCGUUUAUAAUGGAAAGACACAACAAUAUGGAGAGUAUAAAUGAUACUAGUUCAUCGUCAGCAUCGUCGCAUCACAAAAGCAUUCUCUCUGGCAAUUCGUCCAAAAAAAUAAUGGAGCAGAAGCGAACACGGCUCGAGUCAAUCGUCGCUGGUUUACCGUCAUCGAACGAGCACUAUUACAGUCCUCCACGUAAAAUCGCUCGUCAUUCAGGUCGUUAG